AUGGAGAAAGACAUGGUGCGUGCCCUUACGCCCCCCAAUUUUACCCGUCAGCACCUUGAAAAGGUCGUGAAAGAUGCCCAUCAGGAUAUGGUGACCACACGGGAGGGGGAGCCGCAGAAUGGCACGGGGCACGCUUUCGUCUCUGCCGGUGGGAACCGGGCGACGGACGUGUCCAAAAUGGGUCCAGUGGCAACGGCGGGGGUCAAGACGGCAAUGGAGGCGGUCGGGGCAGCAACAAAAGGGCGGACGGAAACAAGCGCUGCGAGUAUCAUCCGUACUCGUCGCACACCAACAGCGAGUGCUGCACCCAGCGUCGGCAACGGAAGGAGCAGCAGACCAAGCAGCAGCAGCCUCAGCAACAGCAGCAGCCUCAGCAACAGCAGCAGCCUCAACAACAGCAGCAGCCCCAACGACAGCAACAGCCCCCGCAAUAUUAGCGGCCUCAGCAGGAACGGCAACCUCGGGGACCGCCGCCGCAGCAGCCGGGCCGCAGGGGGGGAGGCUGGGGGGGUUGGCCCCAGCACGGGCCUCACGGCGGCUACGGAGGACAGCAGCAUCACGGACAUCCAGCUCCCCCUCGUACGCCAAAGCAGCAGUGGCGGCCCCCGUACGGGCAUGCAAAUGUGAGUCGACCGUAUGGUGCCGCGCCCCAUGGGGGGACCGCGUAUGGCAACGAGUAUGGGGGGUGGGAGCAGCUGCAACCUUCGCCAGACUACAGCUACCAGCAGCAGCCAUACUACCCGCCUCCGACACCGUACUACCAGCAGCAGCAGCAGCCACCGCCGCAGCCUCCUCCACCGCCGUCGUUCCAGCAGCAGCCACAACCGCAGCUGCAGCAACACUCGACCCAUGCCCCGUCCCAUUCGCCUCCUUCCGACGCAGCCGGAUCCCCUGGGCAUCUUCACUUCCUGAAGACAAGUUUUGUGUCACAAGGCGAGAUCUUCCCAAGUGUGGUAGCGCGUGAGAAUGGUAGUGGUUUCGCAUUGUCUGUUCAGAGUCGCCCUUCGCAGAUUCGUAAAGAGCAAUUUUGGGCCGACAGCGGCGCAAGCAAGACGUUUGUCAGAAGUAGCCAAAGCAUGUUAGACAUGAAGCCGAUCCCAGCAGAAAAAGAGUUCAUCCAAGUAGGGAAUGGUGCCUAUCUGCGCGUGCAAUGUGUUGGUAGCAUCAACACGGCAUUUCACAUGCCCGGCCCUUCGGGCGAGACCGAUUUUUGCGUGCAUAUGUCGGACGUGUACGUCGUCCCCGGCUUCACGUUCAAUCUGUUUUCUCUGCACCAUACGCAGCGUAGGCAGAAAAUUACGUUGGAUGAGAAUGGCGUGCAUCCAUUCAAUGACCAGCUUUCCUUUGCUUACUCCGAUGUAGGAUGUUUUCUUUGGGCCACUCGCUUGCCUCCGACGUAUACUGGUAGUGCUGUGACCCUCGGUCCUGAUGCACUCCCUCGUGUGUCUCCCCAAACUCCCUCGCCUAGCGUUGGAACAGGCCUUGUCGUGGCGAACCCCCCUUUCCCCCCAAACACAGGAGCGGGCACGCUGCGAGUACGAGCUUCCCUUCCACCGGUGGAGUCGCUGCCGGUGUUGGACCUUCGAGUUCGAGUGCGAGUCCGAACUUCCGGUCUUCCGGUGGUGCCGCUGCCGGCGUUGUACCUUCGUCUGCGAGUGCGACUUCGAGCUUCCCAUCCACCACGUCCGGUGUAGUACUUCCGCGUUGUGAUUUCCCGCCAAUCGACGUAGAUGUAGUGCCAACGACUAUUUGCCGACUUCCAGCCUGUAAUCACGGCUGCCGCAGCAUCGUCUUAGAUUGUCUCUCCCUUCGUCGUUGACCCGAGCGAUUUUCGUGAAGUUGUGAUCGACCCCCUCAUCUCCCAGGACCAUUUGCCUCUCAUGGAUAUGAGCAUGUUCCUUGAUGUAGGCCUGAUGGAUGGAAAAGACUCGGUCCCACAGGGUGAUUUCUUCCCGGAUGCGCUUAAAACUUGCGAUUCAGCGGAACCCCCCCCCCCGCUUUUGCCGUCAUGAGUGAUGACUUUGAGUGCCUGAGAGGUUUUGUUGCUGGAUGCAGUGAGCAGCAAACCGUAGCUCCCCCCUCCCUCUCGCAUGCCUUGGUGAUUAUCGCCCCCGGUGCUUCCCCAUUUUCGGUAGGGAAAUCCACGCCAACGAUCGAUAUUAAUUUGCUCCAUGCCUUCGCCGGCCAUGUCAACGAAUUCUUGAUGCGUGAAACGGCCAAGCACCAGGGCGUACGAUUGGUGGGGGAGAUGCAGGAAGCCGUGUGUGGGCUGCGUGGAAGCGAAGGGUAGACGGGCCCCGGUGCCGCGGCGUGGCACCCGCGCUGCGGUACCGU